CAGUUACCGACCACUCAACGAACACAAAGAUUCGAGUGGUAUUGAUUCUGCUCUCGUUCAUUAUCACUGUUGAAAGUUAGGUUAAAGAGAAGUUUGCAGCUAUAGUAACUUAAUAAUUACAUUAUAAAAUGAGUGUUAGCAGUGACGAAGACCAGAGUGAUUCACAGGAAUGGGUGUUUUAUCGUGACAGGCCUGAAUGGAAAGACAUUGAGCCCAUACCUCAAGAUGAUGGAGAAGAACCUAUUGUCAGCAUUGCUUACUCACCCAAAUUUCAAGAUGUGUUUGAUUAUCUACGCGGUGCUAUGAAAAUAAGUGAAAAGAGUGAAAGAGUCCUACAGCUAACUCAAGAUGCCAUUGAAUUAAAUGCUGCAAAUUAUACAGUUUGGCAGUAUAGAAGAGAUAUUCUGAAAGAAAUGAAAGCUGAUCUAUGGCAAGAGUUGAAUUACAUAAAUAGUGUCAUUGAGAAUUACCAGAAAAACUAUCAAGUGUGGUAUCAUAGAAAAGUUAUUGUCGAAUGGCUAAAAGAUGGUUCAAGUGAGCUUGAGUUCACUGAGCGUGUUCUGGAAAUGGAUGCAAAGAAUUAUCAUGCCUGGCAACACAGACAGUGGGCUAUUAAAACAUUUAAAAUGUUUGAUUCUGAACUUGACUAUGUUGAUAAGUUAUUACAAGAUGAUAUAAGAAACAAUUCUGCAUGGAAUGAAAGAUAUUUUGUCAUUCAUCAAACCACUGGUUUCACUGAAGAAGUUGUCAAAAAUGAAGUUGAAUACACACUGGAGAAAAUUGCCAUUGCCAAGGAGAAUGAAAGUGCAUGGAAUUAUUUAAGAGGACUGCUACUUUAUGAUAAAAAUGGUCUCAGUAAGAAUGUGCAUGUGACUGAUUUCUGUGAAAAACUUUAUGCCUCAGGUAAUCGAUCUCCUUUUCUGCUAGCGUUAAUUGUUGACAUGUGUGAUGAACAAAUUGUGUCUGGUAGUGGUGAUGCUAGAUAUACAUUGGAGAGAGCAAAGCAAUUAUGUUCUGAUUUAGCAACUGAAUAUGAUACUAUUAGAUGCAAGUAUUGGGAGUAUAUGGCAAACACUAUUGAAAAGAAAUCUAAAGGAGAACAACCUGAAGAAGAAGCUAGUGCAAGUACAUAAAAUAGAAACAUAUUGCAAACAAACACCAGUUCAAAUUGUUUAAUUCAUUCUGCUUUCAUAGCAAUGUAUGUAAUAUUGUGAAUGUUUAUAUUUUUCUCACCGCUACGUGUCAGGUAUUUUUCCUUGCUGAUUGUCAUUUUGUGGUAGAUAAUGACAUCAAGCAAAUCCGUGGUAUAACUGUAUUGACUUGUAUACUUAACAGCUGAUUUUAAUUGAUGCAUUUUUAUUGUAGAAUAAAAAUAUUCAACUAA